GAGACCACAUUUUGGCGUGCGUGUUGGUAAUAAAUAUUAAAUACCAGUAUUUUGGUGUGAUAGAAUAAUAAGAGGGAUUGAGGAAACGACUACGUUUCCAAAGAUGGGCUGCUGCUUGAGCAUACGGCACCAGCGCCAGGCCAAGGAUUCCUCUUUCCGAGAGAACCCGAAGGUCCGGAACUCGCACGAACCCCACCUCCCGGGACGAGAUCCGCCGCCGGAACCCGAGGUGGAGACUGUCAAGGAGGUCCUUUCCGAGACCCCUAAGCCCAGGGUCAAGGACCAACAAGGGACGAAGCCGUUCCCUGAGGACGCCGCUCACGGGCCAACCAACGCCCCCGACGAGAGAUCAGAGAACGAUAGCGUCAGCGAGAACUUCUCCGUCCAGACGACCACCACAAAGAAACGAGGCGAUGAGGUCGACGCCAGAGAGCAGAGGCCGAGAUCCCGCUCCCCGGCGAAGGUCCAGAAGAAGCGCUCCUUCUCCGGGGAGCUCUCGUGCAAGAGAGAGAGAUGCGUUGAGGGAGGAAUGUUGAGGAGGGCGGACGGGCGGACCAUGUCGGCGAGGGAGACGGGCCCGAGGAGCAGGGACCUUGGGGAGAGGUCAGGGAGGAGGUCGGUGUCCCCAGCAGCGAAGCAGCGGGCUAGUGGGCCGCAAUGCCGAAGCUUGUCGGCGCCGAGGACGUCACCACGGCGGGUGCCACCGAGAAGGGCGCAAGAAGUGCACGGCAGAGGAGGUUUGGAGGCGAAGGAGUCGCUGGAGAACCCACUUGUGUCCCUAGAGUGCUUCAUCUUCCUUUGAUCAACCUCUUUUCUUUCUUUCAUUCUCUCUUGAAAUUUUAGUUGCGUGGGGGCGGAGACUGUGUUUUGUCGGCCAUUUUAGACGCCGAGCUGCCGGGAUGUUAUGUAGCAUCCCUUCUCUACUUUGUGGUUAUUAAU